AAUUAUCGCUCAUAGAGAUAAAAAUGGUUGAAAACGUUGUAGAAAACCUUCUAUCUGCCGUAAAACAAAAUCGAACAGAUAUCGUUAGAUCAAUUACAUCAGCUCUUCUUAAUGAAAAAUCCACAGAAAGCAAUCUAAAAGAUAUAUUAAAUUCUAAUUGUUCAUCUGCCGGGACUUUAUUGCAUUUGGCCACUAGCCUUAAGCACACCGAUACAGUAAGAGCUUUGCUCUUUUGUGGUUCUGAUCCAAGUUUGAAAAAUUCAAAUGGCGAAACGUCUUUUGACAUCGCCGAUGAGGAAAUAAAGAAAAUAUACUGCCAAGAGUUGUUUAAUUAUUGUGCACAAUCGUCUGCUGACAGAGUUCAACAACUAUUAAAAGCCGGUGUCGAUGUCAACUGCUCAGAUGGAGAGGCAACUCAGAAUACGCCCCUCCAUUGGGCUUCCACAUGGGGAAAUGCUGAUGUUAUUAAUUUACUGUGUGAAAACGGGGCGGAUGUAAAUGCUUGUAGUAUAGAGGGAAGAACACCUCUUUUUGAAGCUGUUCAAAGGAAAGAUGCCGAAAUUCUUCAAUGUCUUUUAAAAGCCGGAGCUAAUUUAGAAGCUCUACCAAAAAGUGGACCUCAUUCCUCUGCCGCUGUAAAGAAACUUGCCGAAGAUGUAUCCCUAUUAUCAUUACUUACUGACAAUGGGACUGAUGCAUCCGAUUGUUCAUCGGUAAUUGUAAAAAAUGGAUUAGAAGUAGAUGAAAAUUUUGAUCCACUUUCCCAUAAGAAACUUAGUUUGUUAUGGCCUUUACCAAGAAUGCUACUACAUCAGGAUGAAUUUAUAAAAUUAGGAUCACAAUUAGUUGUCCAUAUAUCACCGAAUAGUGAUAAAACAAAUGAAAUAAUUCAGUUAUGGAAUGAUUUAAUACCUGAUAUUCAAAAUUUAGGUAUAAAUAUUCAAUUAGAAAUUGGCUAUUUAAAAAAUUCCAGCAAUAUUGGUGUUAUUUGCGAAGUAAACGACAAAUUAUUUAGUCAAGCAAGCAGUUAUCGAUUAUCAAUAUUUACAAAUUCAAUUCGAUUAUGUUCAUCGGACUUGACUGGACUAUUUUAUUGUCUAACAACAUUCACUCAACUAUUAAUGAUUUAUCAGAAUGAUAAUUUACCUUGCUUACAAAUUCACGAUUUUCCAUCAUUAAACGAACGCGGUGUACUUGUUGAUAUAACAAAAGAGGCUCCUAGAUUAGAUAUUCUAUUAUGUAACAUUAAAAUACUGGCAUUUAUGAAAGUCAAUCGUUUACUUUUAUAUUUCCGAUUUCAAAAUAGGGAGAAUGAUAGGGAAACAUGGCAACUUCCAUAUACAAAACAAGAAUUAACGGAAUUAAAUAGCGAAUGUUAUAGGAAUUUUAUGACACUUGUACCAGUUUUAGACGUUGAUUCAUCAGUUACGUUUGAAAAUCUUACAAAUUUGCAAACGUCAUUUUCAUCAUUUGUAUCGGUUUGUAGUGGAAGUAAUAUUGUGCAUAUCGGGCCACGUUUAACUACAUUAAUAGUUCGUAUUGAAAAUGAUGUACUUUGCAUGGACGAGGCUAGAUCUUAUGUAUCAGUUGGAGAAAAUCAAAUUUUGUCUAUUUGCGCGUACGUGCUAAGAGAUAGUGGAUUAGAAAUUUUACAACAACUGCCACCAAAUACUGCAUUAGCAGAAUACGGUUUUAAUACGGAAUAUCCAUUUGGAGAUCUAUGUGAUUCCUAUCUAAGAAGCGGUGUAGCUUUUUAUAUUCUUAAUGGAACAGCUGCUUGGAAUAGUUGUACAGCCAAUGUGGAUGCAGCUGCAACGAAUAUACAUGAAAGUGUAAAAGCAGGAUAUUCAAAUGGAGCACUUGGUUCAAUAGUAUGUCAUUGGUCAGGGCAAAAAUUAUUAACGCCAAAUGUGUUCAGUUGGCCUGGAUUCGUAUUAUCUGCCGGCCUUUCGUGGAAUGCCGAUGUUGAUUUGGAUUUAUUGAAAGCAAAUCUACCAUUUAUACUAAAUCAAUAUGUUUUUGAGGACGUGAAUGGUAAAUUUGCUCAAGUGCUUGUUGAAAUAUCGGAAGCUGAAUCCCUUAUUGAUAAAGCUGUGCACGGUGAUUCGAAUCUACCAAACGAUAAAGGAAGCAUACUAUUCGAACUAAUGAUACAUCCAGAUGAAAUUGAUAUUGAUAAAAUUCCAGUUGAACUUUUAAACAAAUCAUUCAAGAAACUACGAGCAUCCGAAUCUAAUUUGCAAACUUGCCAACUUCAUUGCUACAAGCAAGAACUGAUAUUACAACAAGCGCAAAUAUCUCACGACUCUGUAUUGGCCGCCUGUCGUUUAUGUAGAUCGUUAAUAUCGGCCGGAAGAAAGCCAUCUAGUGGAACUGGUUGUUCAGUUGUUAAUGUUGGAGUUAGUAAUUUAACAGCUACUACUAAGACUGAUCUGGCUAAUAGAUUUCUAAGUUUAAGAGACUCAUUUACAGAAGUUUGGAACAGUUCUUUGAUAAAUAAUACCAGUCAGAACGCUCUUACGGAUAUUAUUCAAGUUUUGUUGCCGAACGAAAUAGUUUAUGCUUAA